GUGGAAGGAGGCGCUUGGAUCAGGGGGCUGGUAAUGGUCGGGGUGUCCGCGGGGGCGUGAAGUUUGAGGGUAAUGGGCGGAGGGUGAGGCUGUUCAUUGUUAACAAUCUGGUAAAGGGCGCAGUGUUUGAGAGGCCUUCUUAACAACCCGUGAAAGGUUUUUGGAGGAGCAACCUCAGGUUUGUGCUCGGGACGGUGCCCUGAACAUGCACACUGACUUCUCUUCUGCCAUGUGAAUCAUCCAGGGUGAUGCAUCUUCACAAGGCCGGUAGUUGAACUAUGGCAUUCACUACCGCGUCACGUAGUGAUAGUUGCCAACUCGGACAAGCUACAAAAGGGAAUUAGACAAAUGCAUGGAGAAUAAGGCGCUCAGUAGCUGCUGGUCAUGACGACUGUCCACUCAGAGGUGGUAUGUUUCUGAAUUAUAGUUGCUGAGGAACAUUGGCAUAGCCAGUAUUGGGGGGGGGGGGAGAGAACUGAUCUGAUUGGUCAGUUAAUUAAGUAUUUCUAUUGGUUUACUUGAUCUGAGGGGGGGGCAGCUGUUUCCCCCCUGCCCCCGCUUGGCUACAUCCAUGCUGUGGAACAUGAACAGGAAUGUGUUUCUGACCUGCUUGGGCUUCUCAGAGGUAAUCAACUUCCGUCGCAGAGGCCGCCAGUGGCAGAGGAGGCAGCAGUUGGUCACCUUCCUCAUGCUUCAACUGACAGCUACCCACAGCUGUCUUUGAAGCUAAGACAAGGAGAAGCAGGAUUCUCUCCAUUGUGCUUAGAUCAAGCUCCACGGCCUUGAUUAUUGCUUGCUGUGGUGCAGAUAUGAAGGGCUUUGGACAACAGAAAGUCAAAAGUGGAGGGCUGUUCAACAUACAGAAUCAUUCCAUUGUUCAAACAAAUUCUAGUGGGCUGAAGACAUUGGGAUAUCCUAGGAGGCAGGUGGAACAAGGGUGAGUGAAGGUGUAAGGGUUGGGAACUUCUUUGGUGAAUAAGCACAGAGGUGGAUUAGAAAAGGAAAGAUCAUUGGGGGCCUGACUUGGAAGCAUUAUGAGUGGAUUGCUCUAUGUCUAUGUCAAUGUCUAUGUCUUCCUAUGUUGCAAGGGGUUGGACUAGCUGACCCUUUGGGUCCCUUCCAGCUCUACAAUUCCAAUUCUGUAGAUCAUUUGGAAGCAUAAUGUACCUACUAUGCAUAUGAAAUUAUCCUUUGUAAGUUCCCUCAGGAGGAUGCAUUUAGGUAUCUGAAUAAAAGAUCCACACGAAAGCUCCUACCUAUGACAAACUUGGUUGGUCUCUAAGGUGCUACUGGAAGGAUUUUUUUUAUUUUGUUUUGACUACGUCAGACCAACACGGCUAACUACCUGUAAAUAAAUCUGGUUAGCCACUUUAGGACCAGAUGGGCCAUUGGUUUUAUCCAGCAGCUUCUUCUUAAGUUGUAUUUACAUGCAUAGACUUUCAGGUUCAAUCCUGACUCAUUACAAAAAAAAACCCAACAACCCUGAAGGGUUUUUGUCAUCGGUAGACAAUGCUGAGCUAAAUGCAGUCUGAUGCUGAACUAAGGAUCUGACUGCAUAAAGCAGCUUCCUACAUUUGCCCAUUCUUCGCUUUCGAAAACGUGGGGCAAAGGCUGAGCUGAACUUUGUACUUGAAACAGCAGCAAACUGUUAAUGUGUGCAUCAAUUUUCAUCCAUCAAUCUUUCUGUAUUGCAGUGUUUUGUUUCCCUUGACACUUGUGUCCUGUUUGUGUGUUCAUUCAUUCAUGUGAUUUAUAGUCAUGUGCAAUGGGUCUGUGCCUGCACCUGUUCUCACUCCACUGAUGCUCAUGCAUAGAAGGGAGAGUGCUCUAUGUGUCAAAUAAGUUCCCUUGUGAGAUGUGGAUUCCUCAUUGCCCAGGGUUCCAUAUCAUAGGAGAAGCCUAUGUGUACAGAUCUCGCUCUUCUGUACAGCAGUGUUCCCUAGCAUCUGGGCUUGGGAACUAUCGCUGUACUCUUGAUCAUUAAUCAUUUGAGGAGGGAAAUGCACAAAUGCGGGGGGGGGGGUGACAUCAAACUGGGGUUUGUAGUAAAACUAGACUUCACACUAGAACCAGUAUGGCAUAAUGGUUUGAGUGCUGGAGUAUGACCUGGGAGACAAGGAUUCAAAUCCCCACCCAGCCAUGAAGCCCACUGGGUGAAGUUGGGCCAAUCACUGCUUCUUAGCGUAACCGUAACCUACCUCACAGGGCUGUUGUAAGGAUGAAAUGGUGCGAAGGAGAACCAUGUACAGCACCUUGAACUCACUGGAAGAAAAAGGUGGUAAAUAAAUGUAAUAAAUAAAUUGGCUUGGGUGAAAUGAAGCCAUUAUCAGUGGAUUCCAGAAUAUUGUCCCUGGCUUCCCAGGCUACUGAAAGCCCUGAUCAGGAUGUCCCUGUGCUGCUGCUGAAGUUAAAAGAUAUUUUAAAUAGUGCACCACUUGGCAGCAAAGAAUUAAAAAAAAUUAAACAAGACUUGUACUACUAUGAUCUGGUUCAAUACUGCACAUUAGUCCUUAAGCAAGAUUAUACAAGAGUGCUUGGAGGCUGGACUACUGCUGCCCAGAUAGCAGAGAUACUAAGCCAGUGUUGUGUGGGCCUUGAGGUAAAAGAAGAACCAGAGGAGUUUUACAAUAAGCUACUUCCUUCUGUUGCAGACAACCUCCUCUUCUUGGGAAGGCGCCUGCAAGCACGAUUCAUCCGAGCAAUCAAGGAUGAAGAGAGAAAUGAAUUUUUACACUGUUUCAGAACAGUAACUGAUGCCAUCUGCUGGCUGUGUGGCGGAUUCAUUCGGCUAACAGCAAAUGUGCUUCAGAAUAGACACUUCCAGCAACUGCUGAUGACGGACAAUGUUGAAACUUCAACCAUAAUGAUGUCUGUGUUGCAGAAUAUUUUAAGAGUCAAUAGUGCUGUGUUACUUCAAGUUGCUGAAAAGUCCCUGCACUGCAUUUUAGAUGAGCUUGUUUACAAGCUUUCGUCUUCCAUCAAUCCUGUCAUAGGAAAUGCAGCUAUAAAGCUGUUACUCUUGAUUGCACAGUCUGAUGCCCAACUUGUGACAACUUUUGCUACCCGUUACAAAGGACUACAAAGCCUUCUAAGCAAGCAGUGGACUGGCAAAGGAUUUGACAGGAACCUCAAUCAACUUUUGGAUUUGCUGUGCUCAGAAAAUUACAAGGCUGUCAAAACACAGAGACUACAUCAAGCAGCUUGCUUAAUCCAAGCAGCAUGGAGAGGAUUUCAAACACGAAAAAGAUUAAAGCAGCUUCCAAAAGCAGUAACAAUCUUGCAGAGAAAUUUCAGAGCUAAAAGAAAACAGGAGUUGCAAGGUUUAAAUAAGCAGAAAGAAGAGGAGGACCUCCACCAACAAUUGCAGCUUCGGAGACAGAGAGCCAUGAGGCUGUUCCAUGAACGACAGCUGACGCUAUUGGAAAUAGUUCAUGCAGGUCAGGUAGAUAAGCAUAUGCAUGAAAUGGAGGAGAAGUCAGCUAUAACUAUCCAAAAAUACUGGAGAGCAUUUAGGGAAAGGAGAAAUUUUCAUCAUCAAAAGAAGUCUCUUAAGCAGUAUAAAGCAGCUGUCCUCAUUCAGAGAGCGGUGCUUAAGUUCUUGGAAAAACAAAGGAAAAGGAAAGCUUAUUCUCUCUUGAAACAGUCCAAACAACUCUCUGAUGAACAGAGGCUUUCAUUGCAACAAAAAGUGAAUGACUACAUCAAAAAGCACCCGGCUUCUGAAAUGUCACAAGAAAUGAGCAGGGAACUUCAUCAUCAAGCUCAGGAAAAGCUGACUCAGUAUUUGCUGAAAAGAAGCCAGGAUCGCAAAGCAGAGCAGCAUAGAGAGGCAUUGCUCGCCCAAGUCCACACGGAUGUAGAUCAGCUAAUGAGUGCUCCAAGUCUAACAGAAUCCACUACAAAAGAUCUGAAUGUCUUUAUGAGUAGAUCAGCUCCUGUGGUAGCCAAAGCCAAACAGUCACACAGCACCAUGUUGAAAUAUACACGGUGGCCAUGGUGGAAGAAGCUGGAAGAAGACUUCUUAGAGGAAGAGGCUGUCUCAGAAGAUCUGAGUGCUGAAGUGGGAACUUUGUUCAUUGGUGGAAGCAAAACAUAAUCUGGAAUGAACAAGGUUAUAUGUCUGGACUAUGUCUUCUGUGAAAAAAGAAAGUAUUCCAAGAUGGUCUGGCAAGCAGUUCAUCCAAUGCUGUCCAAAUGAUUUGAUUUUUUAAAAAAAUAGUUAAUAAAAUGAGUUUGUACUUAUGCAAUAUAGAUAUAUAGCUGUUAUCAAGUUAUUGUUUUACAGAUUUUGACCUCUAUCUAACCAGAAUAUCUACAUUUUACCAUUUAGAUUACUUGGAAAUCAUUACAAUUCACAUUUUAAAUAUCUGAAAUUCAGUUGGAUUGUUUAAAAAAAAGGUGGGAUUUUGAAUUUAAUAUUGUGAGGAGUUAGCUGUGUGUAUGUAUAGGCUGGGAAAUAGAACCUCAGAACUCUGGGAGGAAGCAAUGGUCAACAGAGAGAAUAUUCAGUCCCCUUAUGACUUAAAGCAUUUUUGCAGCUUGAGGUCCAUAUCCCUUUUCUAGGUAGCCUUCCAAGGGCCAGAUGCCAGUGGGGUGUGGAGCCAGAUGCAAAAGUGUGUGAAGCAACCAAUGUAAGCUUUAGGACUGCACAGUAAGCCUUUACACAUGUUCAAGCACCCAUCUCUAUCUUGCAUCCAGACAAGCAAGAGCAGUCAUCAGAGUUCAAGAGCUCAUUCCAGCCAGGCAAAAGCAUUCAGGUGCAAAGCAGGGCCAGUGGGGGGGGGGUGUGUGGCCUGCAGAGAAGGGGGUGUAGCCUAGGGAGAGUGCAA